AUGCAGUCUUAUGAUCUUCAUCAAUCAUCUGAUAAUAACCCUACUCUGUUUUUCAACAACAUGAACUAUGAUUCCUUCUUCAUGUAUGAUGAUAAUAAUCAUCAUAAUUCAGAAGAACUCUGGCCUUCUUCCAUAACUGAAACCUCCUCUAAAUCAUCUUCUUCCCCUGUUAUUUCAAUAUUUUGUGAGAAUGAUCUCCUUGAGCUCAAUGAAUGGUUCCCUGAUCUCAUUCACGAGUUCACAUUCCCAAUUAUGGGUGUAGAAAUCGACAACCAACUUUCGAUGAUCGAACUAUUGAAGGCUUAUGGAGAUGCAAUGGAAAAGGAACAAUUAGAGCUCGUGAAUGUGAUUGUUAAGCGUGCGAGGGAGAAAGUAAGUCCGAUUGGGCUACCAAUCGAGCGUGUCAUGUAUUAUCUCUUUCGACCCGACAACAAUAACUACCUUUUGAAAGAAUCCAUGAAGAAUUUCAAUGUAGCUUUCGAGACAUUCUAUCGAAACUUCCCAUUUUGGAAGUUUUCUCAUUUAACCGCGAACAAUAUGAUUCUCGAGGGGGUUCCAAAUCAAACCGAGGUUAUACACAUUGUUGAUUUCGACGUUGGAUCGGGGAUUCAAUGGUCGAGUUUAUUCGAAUCCGUUUCGUAUCAAAGAAAGAAAGUGAAGUUGUCUUUGAUUAAAUGGGAGGAUGAUGAUGAUCAUGGUUAUUGGGAUAUUGAGGAGACUAAGAUAUGGCUACAAGAACAUGCUCAAGCAUUUGGUUUAAAUUUGGAAGUGAAUAUAAUCAAUCUUCAUGGUUUAACAAGAAUAUCAUCGGAAUGGUUAGUGUUUAAUUGCAUACCACAAAUGGGGAACGCGAUGAAUCAACAUAAGACGAAUGAAUUCCUACGAGUGGCUAAGAGAUUGUCAGCGAAUAUGAUUACAUACAAUGGCGAUUAUAAAACAGAGGAUGAUUCAUUUUCCAACAUAUCUUCAUUGUUGGAUAAACAUAUAAGUUGUUACCAUGCAAUGAUGGAAUCAAUGGAGUUGACAUUUCCUUUUCAUCUUGUUGAAGCUCGAACAGCCAUGGAAUGUUUAUUUGUAGGGCCUUUGGUUUCUUCGUUUGAAGAUGAACUUGAUUAUUAUCAUAGAUGUGGUUUGAAAACAGAGUUUGGAUUGAUGGAUGGUUGGAGAAUUAGCCAUGAAAGUGUUUUGGAAGCUAUGGAAAUGGUUUCGGCUUGGGGAGAAGGUUUAUAUGGAGUUGGUAUUGAAGGUGAGAAGGGAAAUGAGAUUGUGUUGAAAUGGAGAGAUGUUAGUCUUGUUAGAGUUUCUUGCUGGAGAAGAUGA